AUGUCUUAUCACUAUUUGUUUAAGUUUAUCAUAAUAGGAGAUACAGGUAUAUAUUAUAUGAUAAAGUGAAGCCGUUGGAAAAUCUUGCAUAUUGUACUAAUUUUUGGAAUAGAGGUUUCGAGUGAGACAUGAAAUGACUGUGGGAGUUGAAUUUGGAGCUAAAAUUCUAGAUUUAGAGAACAAAUAAAUAAAAUUACAAAUUUGGGAUACAGCAGGAUAGGAAACUUUUAAAUCUAUUACAAGAUAAUAUUAUAGAUCAGCAGCAGGGGCAAUUUUAGUAUAUGAUAUCACAAGAAGAGAGUCAUUUGAAAAUGUUAGAGAAUGGAUUAAAGAAUGUAGAACUCAUGGAACAUAAGAAAUGGUGAUAGUAUUAGUAGGAAAUAAACUUGAUUUAGAAAAAUAGUAUUAUAUUCAUUCUAUAAUUGGCGUAAAGUUUCGAAAUCUGAAGGGUAGCAGUUAGCUAAUGAUAACAAUUUACUAUUUAUAGAAACAAGCGCAAAAGAUAAUUUAAACAUUAUUGAAGUAAUCUUAUACUUAUUAGACAGACAUUUUCAUAGGCAGCAUAACAAGUAUUGAGAGUUGUAUAGAGAAGUUAAUAACAGAAUGAAAUACCAGGAGUAAGGAUUGGAUAUGCUGUAGAAACAACUAGGGGUUAAUAAAAUAGCUAAAAUUCGAAUAAAUGUUGCUG